GAAAUGUAUUAGCUGAAGUAUGGAGUUCAAUGGAAAUUGAUGGCUAUAAUGUUAAUGCAAAAUAUGUUGGGGCAGGUGAACAAGAUUAAAUGGUAUUCAGAACAUGUGCGUGAGAGCCAAUACUUGCUUCAAAUUGUAAAAUGACCACAUCCUAGAUCUCAUCAGAACAAGCCUUUAG